UUGUGACGGAAUACUGUGAUAGAAACAGUUGAAAAAAUACAAGAUUAUAUCUUGAUAGGGAAUGUGUAAAGACUUUGUUUAAUAGUCGACGCAAGCGAAUAUCUUCGGGACUUUCCUCAGAUACACUGGAAGCGAGCUUAAGUGAGCUUAGUUAACGUUCGGAAGCUGACAAACAAAACCGCCAUCAGAGUUUGGGUCAUCAUCAUUGCCAAGGAAAACGAGCCUCGUUUUGAUGUCAUCAACAGUCAUUUAAAGACGCGAGGAGGAGAAGUAGCAGAAGUGAUUCCACACACGAGUCGGGAUUAUGGCGAAAGCUCUUCUGUUACUGACAGGACUGAUUCUUGUUAUCGGCUCAUCAUGUUAUGGCAUUCUGCAUCCCACUGCAACAGCAAUCCCAGCCCGUGCUAAGCCUUCUAGUCACAGGAAAAGACACCACAAUGGUCAUCAACCUCCCGUUUCUUCAUCGUUUCGUCCUUCACCAGAAGACCCCCGGAAUUGGACUCCAGUUAUUAGCACCACACGGCCCCCAAUGGCUGGAAAAAAACAUCCUGAAUUUCCUAACGACUCGGGGGGAAAUUCUGAAACGCCGGCUCAGUCUCAUUUAGCACCCGAUGACGAAGUACUGUCAGUUUUCUUUGUUAGUCCUAUUACUCCUCUGAAUUCCUUGCAGUCCUCUUUUAUGAGCAGCCUUAUGGGCAACCGUCUAAAAUCUUUUACAGACGGUAAUGCAUUUUCAAAAAGAAGAGAUUCUUUUCAUGGAAACAGUAGCCACUUGCAGCAUGGCGAGAAACUUGCAAUACCCAAGAAACUGGCUGAGCUAUUUACUAAACAUGCAAUUUUAGCAGAGGCUAGUAUGUCCAAACUACUUCAAGAUCCUUUCAAACCAAGUAUUUCCUAUGAAGCAGUGGAUGAAGUACUUCCAAACAUGGUUGAGAAAAAGACCAGUGAAGUGUCUUACGAUAAUGACCAAAUGUUUAACAACAAGAGAAGUGCACAUGCAAUCCACAGCCAUCCCACACAGGCUCAUGAAGAAGUCCUUGAACAACAAGAUGUGGCUGAAAGUACUUACUUUCCUGCUGAGAUAUCACUUCAUGCUGAAACAGAAGCACACAUGCCACAUUUCAAUGCUCAUUCUGUUCCAUUUAGCACUGGUAAUGUAGCAUAUCUGCCUAUCAGAGCGCCAGGAAAUCACAGACAACAUCCACAACAUGCAAAUUCUUUUCAUAGCUUACAUAAUCCAGAUACCCAUAAAAAUUCUCAUCAUGUAAGCCAUAUCCAUAGGUCAGAAUUUGAUCCAUCAAGGAGCAUAUUCGACACUUCAGACAUAACCAAUGGAAAUGGUGGAGGCUCAUAUAAGGUUUAUGUACCAGGAGUUACUCCCUUGGAAAGUCUUUUUGCAGAUCCAAAUCCAACUCAGAGUCCUUUCCCAAAGCAUGUACUGGCAAGAAUACCGGGUUACGUUCCACCUAAAGGUGAUCAUCAUAAAAGUCAUAGGCCUCCAUAUGAACCACCAGUUACAGAAACAGAGUUCCAAACAUAUAGGCCUAAUCACCAUGGAGGCUUCUCUGGCAUUUCUGAAGAACUUCAUAAGCCUACUGAUUUAGCGUUAGAAGUAGAUAGACAAAGCCAUGGUGUUAAAAGUACAAUGAUUCCGCGCAUACCUGGGUAUGUGCCUCCCAAAGAACCACCAGGUAUCAGACAGAAAGGGUUCAGCCAAAGCAACAGGCUUCCUCAUGAAUUUCCUGAUAACUUACCUCAUGUUAACUCAUUUUCCUCUGUGCCUCAACAGGAAGAUCAUCUACAUUAUGAAGACGUAAUUAAUGGACCUACUCCAGGGCGAGAACAUUUCAUUCAAAGUCAGUUUUAUGAUGUUCCAACAUCUGUGACUGAUCACCCCACACCUAUCCCUUUUACACCUGAUUCUGGUUACACAGAGCCAAGCCGGUUUUAUAAAGUGCCUACUUUAGAAUUUGGAAACCAAAAUUUAAAUAAUAUUGGGUUUACCAAAAAUGAAGCCGGUACUCUUGCACAAAAGUUUGAGGUACCAAGUCAAGAAUACAGUUUCCAAAGUGAAGGAAAUGCUGGUCCUUUACGCCAGCAAUUUAACAACCUUCAAAAUGAAUUCCCCACUUUCAAAAGUGGUACUUUUCACCCCCAUGGGAGUCCUAUUCAAGUACACAAUGUUGGUGAACAGUCAGAUAUCUUUGUUCAUGACCCAAGUCAUGCAACCCAAGUUCCUGAAAUUAGUAGUCAAAAUACCUAUGAUCAAAUUUCACAUCAGAAGUAUGAUACUCCUGGCCAAUCCUUUGGAAAUUCUCCAACAAGAUUUAGCACUCCUUAUGGGGGACAAGAUCCCAGAGCACCAAACCUGCAUUUAGAAAUUCCAGUUCAAGAAUAUGGUAGACCUAUUCAUCCUCAUGUCACACAUGGCCAAGGUUAUACAUCUGGACAAGUACUUGAGUCUCCAUUUCGGCGGCUACAGACCCCUAGUCAAGAAUAUGGUACUCCACAGAUAAGAUAUGGACCUCCUUCUAAAGAGCACGGUCCCAUUCUCCAAGAAACAUACAAUGCACCUAGGGAAGAGUAUGGCGCACCACAAAACUCAUUUGAAACAUCUGAUCCAACACAUGUUAAUCCUCAUAUAACCCCAGGCAUAAGGGGCCAGGGCCAUGGAAAUCCUGAGGCACCAAGUAAUCACAAUUUUCCACAACAAUCAUUUGUCGCACAUUCACAAGACUUUGGAAUUAGACAGUCACCUGAAAGUUAUAACCAGGACGUAGAUGACCACAGUCCCUUCUUUGAAAGUCCAAGUCAUGGCCACAGUAAAUCAGGGGGAGCCUUCAGCAUUCAUGGCUCAACUGGUGAAGUGUCCAGAAAUUUCCAAAGCAGUCACAGACAGAGUCAUGAAACAUCACACCAGGUGAGUACCUUCACAAAUAAAGACACGGGUGUACAUAGAGACGAUUUUCAAAUACACCAUCAACUUCAAGAGGACACUCAUGGCUCAGAUGAAUUCCAUCAUCACCAAAAAGAGCUGCAAACCGACCAUCAUGCUCCUAAUGUCAAUUUCAACACUCAAAACUUGGAUAAUGAUCAUUCAUCACAAUCCCCAUGCCCGCAAAGUGAGUAUGAUCCUGAUGGAGACUGUAUUCGUGGAGAAGGCUUUAAAGAUUACCCUAAGUUUGAAUAUAUUCAAGAAACUGGUUUCACAUGUGCAGGCAAAGUUCCUGGACUAUACGCCGAUGAAGAGGCUGGAUGCCAGGUUUGGCAUUACUGUCUGAAGGAUGGGAGGAAGUAUUCAUUCAUUUGUCCAAUUGGAACUGUAUUUCACCAAAGAGUCUUCACCUGUGACUGGUGGUACAACGUCGACUGUUCAGAAACAAAAGAAUUUUAUCACCUGAACGAGAAGCUCAUCAGUGAGUAAAUGUUCUCCUAAAACAAAUGAAGAGGAAUGCCCAAAUGAGAACCUUCAGCAUUUUGAUCAGUGUUACGUUGAUUUCAAGACAGUACCUUCAUAAGCUUCUUAUUUCCAGAGCAGCAAUUCAAACACUGCUUCAGCUCUGCUUUUGACAAGGACUUAGUUCUCUAAAUUGUUCGUGUAGCUUCAAUAUUUGGGCUUUUGUCAAUGUUCUCCUAUGUUCGUUAUAUGUAGAUAGGAACGCGCGACAGACAUGCACCAAUAUUGUUAGAGAUAUUACAAAACAAAUAUGAAAUUUCUCCGUACUUUAGGCAGUUACAAGUUCCUAAUACGAGGGAAAGAUGAUUAAGUCAUGUCCAGAGGUCCAAACCUGGCCACCUACUCCCUGUCACUCCUUAUCAUGCUUAUGGCAAGGGCCCAGUCUAGCUCUAGGCCAGCAUAAUCUAAAGAUUCUAAACUAACCAGCAAUGAUGAAGUCAAACAGGGCUUAACUUUGAAAAGAUGUCACUCAUUUUCUUUCUAUCAUUCCUUUCCAAAUCUGACGUCCCUGUGAUCAUUAGGAAUAACUUCUAUUGAAGUUAAAUAUCGCAAUAAUUUCCCAGCCGAAAAUUCUCUAGUCUUUCAGGGAAAGCCAAGAGAUUAUUUAUUUGUCAAGGUUACUUAGUUAACAUAGCAAGGCAAAUGGGAAACCGCCGAUACAAUAUGCAGACGAGUCUUCAUUUUUCAGUGCUAUUGGUAGAAAAUUGCAGGAGGGAGAUGAGAAGGCAAACAGGUCAAAGAAGAUGGAUUUGUUACUCUCAUUAUUGCCAUAUUUAUUAUACCAAUUCCCUCUGAAACUGCCAAUAAUGAUUAUAUGGUUGUAAAACAAGACCUCAAAAAUGAAUUUUGACAUUCAAUAUAUCUAUUUAUCAUCAUCAUUAUGCACUUGUCAUCACCUAAGGAACAAGGAUCCUCCUCGAUGAAACAACCCACUGAUCUAAACUAUACCUAGUUUGUUAGGAAACCUAUAUAUUAUUUAUUUGAAUUUUCUUUUUUGCUCUUGAGGGUCAUGUUUUAGAUAUGAUAAAUUAAAAAUUACUCGUCGUAUGUUACAGUUAGCAUUCGUAAGACGAAUCUUGUCUUACACUUUCCGAAUCAUAUUGUAAUAUAAUAUAUUUGCACAGGAAUUUUGUGCCAACGAAUGCAACGAUUAAAAGUUUAUUUUUCAA